CUGGUCAGCUGGGUUGCCAGGUUGCCAACGAAAUGUGCUUUUCAACAAAUUUUCAACUUUGCGCCAUCGAUCAAAUUCUCUCCUUCGAUUCAGUUGUUAUUUUCGAUUCCUCAAAGAUUAACACGUAAUCUUCCAUUACUUCCGAGAUGUCCUACCAAAACUGGCUGAAUUACCUGCAAUCGGCGGAGAAGAACUCGAUGAUUAGUGGCAGGGCACGCAAGGUGCUCUAUAAGUUUCCGGACGGAAGGCAAAUGGCCGAGGAAUACAACAUGGAAACUGGGAUCGUACAACGCAGGGCCUGGAAAUCCAAAAGCAACAAGAUAAUGGGCGAAUCGGAGUGGGAAAUCGAGUUGGGUGAGGAGCCACGUCAAUUGAAUUGGUCUGGAAAUAAAGCACAAGGAUCUGGUGACGAUGAUGAUUCCCUAUCCGGCGGAGAUUUCACUCUACGGGAAAGUAACACCGCUCCUCUGCUAACCAAGAGGAUUACCAAGAAGAAUAUCGAGUGGCGCAUACGUAAUAUGCCAUUUGCCCUGGAUAUCUAUAAUGUAACCGCCGAUCCCGAAAAGCGGGCCAUCAUAGUGCGCACCUCGAACAAGAAGUACUACAAGGUCAUCCAGAUCCCCGACUUGGAUCGCUGUGGGAUAAAGCCCUCGCAGGAAAGCCUCUCCGUUCAUCACCAGUUCAACACCCUGAUUAUAACCUACCAAAAACCAGCCAUUCUCUGCGAAAUGGAGGCGCAGGUUCUGCUGCUACUCAAGAAUGUCGAAACUGAAACGGACAUGGACGACCUGCUAAAGGGUCUGAUGGCCAAAUAAAUAAGAUAGAUUAUAGAACUACAAAA